CAGCAACAACAGAGCGAGAGAACAGGCGCUAAGGAUCAUGGGUAAUUUCUAAGUGAAGUCUGAGUAAAUGUGGAACUCAUGUAUUCCUCUGUAAACUGUGGCGAGUCACGCACGCGCUUCGCGGGAGUCUGGAUUUGAUUCGUUCUGGUUCUGUUGGACCGCGCACACUGACGUCACUUGAAAACGGCGGUUCUUCGUUGGUAUUGGAUUUUAAUCUCGCACUGUUACAGAGAUGGCAAAGCUGCAGGGCUUUCAGUUCUGGAAUGAGACCCUGAACUGUGCUCGCUUCGUGGUGGCCCCCAUGGUGGACCAGAGUGAGCUGGCCUGGCGCCUGCUUAGCCGCAGACAUGGCGCCCAUCUCUGCUACACUCCCAUGCUGCACGCCCAGGUGUUCGUCCGUGACGCCAACUACAGGCGAGAAAACCUUUACAACGAGGUUUGUAAUGAAGACAGACCUCUAAUAACCCAGUUUUGUGCCAACGAUCCUAAAGUGUUCGUGGAGGCCGCCCUGCUCGCUCAGGACUACUGCGACGCCAUCGACCUCAACCUGGGCUGUCCUCAGAUGAUUGCAAAAAGAGGACACUACGGAGCGUUCUUACAAGACGAGUGGGAGCUGCUGGAGAAAAUGAUCCGGUUGGCCAAUGAGAAGCUCUCGGUUCCCAUCACCUGUAAAAUUCGUGUUUUCAAGGAGAUUGAAAAAACGGUGUCGUACGCACAGAUCCUGGAGAAAGCUGGAUGUCAGCUGCUGACAGUUCACGGCAGAACCAAAGACCAGAAAGGACCGCUGACGGGAAUCGCCAGUUGGGAGCACAUCAAGGCAGUACGGAAGGCGGUCAGUAUUCCAGUGUUCGCCAACGGCAACAUUCACCACCUGAGUGACGUGGAGCGAUGUAUCCAGGAGACUGGGGUCCAGGGUGUGAUGAGUGCAGAGGGGAACCUUCACAACCCAGCACUGUUUGAAGGCCGCAGCCCCCCCGUGUGGGAGAUGGCUGAGGAGUACCUGGAGCUGGUGAGGCAGUUCCCCCCCUGCAGCCUGUCCUUUCCACGAGCCCAUCUGUUCAAGCUGUGGCACCACACGCUGCAGAUCCACCAGGACCUGAGGGAGGAGCUGGCCAAGGCCAAGAACCUCGAAGGUUUGGCCGACAUCAGCAAAAAGCUGAGAGUCAGAUGUGAGGAGGAAAUCUCCAGAGGAAAAGAUGGAGAAGAGAAGGAGAGCAGCCUCCCCCUCCCUCACUGGAUCUGCCAGCCCUACGUCAGACCAGUGCCAAAAGAACCUGCUGUCAAUGGUAACGGCCAGAGGUCAGAGGUCAAGAAGCCCGUGUGUCAGAAGAGACCACUGGAAGACCCCGACGGGUCUGCGGACAUGCUCUCCAAAAACAAGCUGAAGAAAAGGUCCCGCAACCCCAACAAGAACUUCUGUCCUGAGCAGAAACCAAAGUACAUCAAGUGUGAGCAGUGUGGAAACCCCAAGGUAGGCAGUACACGUGUAAUACUGCAGUAUCAAACAGCAGGAAGUCGUUUUGAGACCGUCAGUUACAUCUGUGACUUCAAUCUGUGA